UAUAUCUAAUAUAAUCUGAUGGAGCCGAACGGCGUUGCUAGCUACCGUCACCGCCGGUCACCCUCUUCCGAUCGGUUCCUUGGUGUUUUCUCGCCACCUUCUUCGUCCGUCGUCAUCUCCGGUGGAUCGUCUGUGGCCGGCGAUGAUUUCAGUGAGGAUGAUGUGUUCUGGACGGGGGACUUCGCGGAACAGAAGCGCCAACCGGGAGAUCCGGUCAAGGGAAACAACUGGAACCCUAGCGCUAACCAUCAGUCGUUUCGUCACCAGGAUAAGUUUGGCAUUCUCGCCGCAUUGCCGGAAGAUAACGGCCGUAAACCUAACAAUCGCCCUGUUUUGAACCGAAGAAACCCUACCAUUUCUUCUCCGACAACCCCUGCUUCGUCGUCAUCGCGUUUAAUUCCGGGGAUUCCUAGGCCUCAUAAGCAAGAGAGAGAUUUCUCUCAGUCUAUGCCGCUGAAGUUUCAGCAAUCGGCUCCAGUGAAUGUUCCGAUGUUUGCGAGGAAGCCGAGAACCGGCGGAGAACUUGCUGAUGUUGAGAUUGGAGAAGAUGAUGAAGAAGAGAUGCUUCCUCCACAUGAGAUCGUAGCAAGAGGUUCGUCCAACUCGCCGCAUACAACCUUUUCCGUUCUCGAAGGCGCUGGAAGAACACUAAAAGGGAGGGAUCUUCGAUUAGUUCGCAAUGCGGUGUGGCGUAAAACAGGUUUCCUUGACUGAAUUUUGAUUUCUCCUAGUUUGUUACCUGCUGCCUUUGGACUGAGAAGUUGAAGUUUUUGUCUAAAAGCUUUUGCAGUCGUUAAAAUAUAAAUAGAAAGUAGAGUAAGGUGAGGCAUAUGGUUUUCUUUUUGGGUAAUCCAUCAAUGGCGAGUCUGUUUCAAUAUAGUCGGAUAUGCUAGUACUCGUCUAGUGUAAUUUAUGCUGGUUUUUUGUGCAUAAAAUUUGGCAAUUAUGCUUGCUGCAUUUCAUAUGCUUCUGGAUAAUUAUAUGAAGUUUCUAUUA